UCACAACUCAAUCAUAAUGUAUAGGUGACGAGCGCUUACUACACCGAAAUCCAUGAAGCCUCCAAAGUUGCAAACAUGUUCAUACUCACUACGAUUCAAGACUUGAUCCAAAUCAAGCCGCAGGAUUUUGAGAAGCCUAGCGCGCAAGCCAUCAAGGAUGUCAUCAACGACAAGUAUAGCAACAGGAUCAUUCCCAACAUUGGCCUCUGUCUUUGUAUGUGGGAUUUGCUCUCAGCUUCCGAGGGUCUCAUCGGCCAUGGUACUGGACUCGUAAAUGUCAAUGUCGAGUUCCGCAUGACUGUCUUCCGCCCUUUUCGUGGCGAGAUUAUCUAUGGGCGCAUAAAGUCUUCCAACCAAGAAGGAAUCAUCAUCGAUCUCGAAUUCACUUCAGAGAUCUUCAUACCGUAUCAGAAUCUCCCAGAGAACUCGUCAUUUUCCCAAGCAGAGAACGUCUGGGUAUGGAACUCGGAGGGAACAGAACUCUUUUUUGACAAGGGAGAGCCGGUUUUGUUCAGGGUAGAACAUGAAGAGUGGUUUGAUCAGCGGCCGACGAUUGUAGAAAAAGAUGAAAAGGGCGAGAUCAUUGAAGAGAGACCGACGGCCUGGAGAGUGAUUGGUUCGAUGGCUCAACCAGGUCUUGGUCCGACACUGUGGUGGGCCGAAGGUGGAGAAGAAGGUGAAGAAGGAGAUGUUGAUAUGGAGGAGGAAGCUGAAUGACGACUGUUCUUGGUUAUUCCAAAACUGAAUGUCGCUGAAUGUCAAGAUACCAUGCAUGUUCUCGGAAUCCCCGUGUGGGUUUGCUGUCAUGCACGUAGCAACUCAAUCUGCAGGAUAAAUCCAACACACCGCAUCCUGCAACCCU